CUUUGUUCCGGAACGAUCAAAGUUAGCUUCCAAAAAAAAACGAUCCAUUUGUCACUUCAUUCGAGUCACGAUUGUCGAGAAGAAAAUAUCUGUGGUGGAUUGAUUCGCGAUUAUCGUUUCUUUCAAGAAAAGUUCGAUUUGUUGCAUUCAGUUUCGGUUAAUUAUAGAACACUACAGUGGUUACUGACUAACAAUGCCGAACAUUAAACUGCAAGCGUCGGACGGGGAAGUGUUUGACACUGAUGUCCAAAUUGCCAAAUGCUCGGGCACCAUCAAAACCAUGGUGGAAGAUCUCGGAAUGGACGAGGGUGAGGACGAGCUGGUUCCACUGCCGAACGUCAACUCAGCUAUCCUGCGAAAGGUGCUGCAGUGGGCGACCUAUCACAAGGACGAUCCGGCCCCUGCCGAAGACGACGAAAACAAGGAAAAACGCACAGACGAUAUCAGCUCAUGGGAUGCCGAUUUCCUCAAAGUUGACCAAGGUACGUUGUUCGAGCUGAUCCUCGCUGCGAACUAUCUGGAUAUCAAGGGACUUUUGGAUGUAACGUGCAAAACGGUGGCAAACAUGAUCAAGGGAAAGACACCGGAGGAGAUCCGAAAGACUUUUAAUAUCAAGAACGAUUUUACACCGGCCGAGGAGGAACAGGUGCGCAAGGAGAACGAGUGGUGCGAAGAGAAGUAAUUCCGAUUCAUCGGAUUUCUGUAUAUGAUUAAUUAAAGCACUUUGUUUUAUUUACUACACGAAUUAAUUUGGUGUUCACUUGAAAUUGAAUUGAAACAGUGAAAUAUUUGCAGAAUUGAAUUUAACAAAGCAAAUUAUUUUGUUAGCACUAAAUAAAAAUGAUUAAUAAACGCUAGAUUUAAGCAACGACACAUUAAUCAAGUGUGCUUGAUAAAUUUAAAACCACCAAACUUCCGACCACUGUUUUUAUUUGUAAAUGAGAACAAAAACGUCUAAAGUGUGCGAUAACUAAUUGAUUGCUAAGAACAUUUAAAUAAACAGAAAACAUUUUA